UCAAUUUUCAACUUCAUCUCUCUCGCCCUCUCUCUCCCAUCUUCUUCCUUAAUCCCUUCAUGAAACUUGUUCAUGGAUAUCUCCCUCCCUUCUCCCAAACCACCUCCUCAUUCAAUCUUAAUCCACUCUCAUAAACACCUUCUUCAUCAUCAUCAUCAUCAUCAAGCAAGCAUGCAAAACUCAAGCUACCAUCAUCAUGCAACAACAACAAUGAGCAUCACAACUAGUACUAGUAGUAGCACAAAUGAUGAGAAGAAAUGGGCUGAAAAGUUGUUGAGAGAGUGUGCAAAGGCUAUCUCUGACAAGGACUCAACUAAAAUCCAUCACUUUCUUUGGAUGUUGAAUGAGCUCUCUUCCCCUUAUGGAGAUACUGACCAAAAGCUUGCUUCUUAUUUCCUCCAAGCUCUCUUCUGCAAAGCCACUGAUUCAGGUGACCGUAGUUUCAACACUUUGAUUUCCAUAGCCGAGAAAAACCAUUGCUUUGAGACUGCUCGCAAGGUCAUCCUUAAGUUUCAAGAAGUGAGUCCUUGGACAACCUUUGGUCAUGUUGCUUCUAAUUGUGCUAUCUUGGAAGCAUUGGAAGGAGAAGCAAAACUUCAUAUUAUUGAUAUGAGUAACACCUAUUGCACUCAAUGGCCUACAUUGCUUGAAGCAUUGGCCACACGGAAUGACGAUACGCCGCAUUUGAGGCUAUCGGUGGUGGUAUCGGCGAGAGCCGGUGGUACUGUGAUCAAGGAAAUAGGACAAAGGAUGGAGAAGUUUGCAAGAUUGAUGGGAGUGCCAUUUGAGUUUCAAGUAGUGAGUGGGUUCACAAGGUUGGGGGAGCUCAAGAAGGAGGAUUUCAGUCUCCGGGAAGACGAGGUGGUGGCCAUUAACCUCAUCGGUGCCUUACGGAGAGUUAACAUCGAUGAAAGAAGUGAUUUCUUGAGAAUGAUUCAUCAGCUAAAGCCAAAGGUGGUGACAGUGGUGGAAGAAGAGGCUGAUUUCACUAGUAACAAGGAUGUGUUUGUGAUGUGCUUUGAAGAGUGCUUGAGAUUUUAUGGAGUGUUCUUUCAGAUGUUGCAGGAGAGUUUUGGGGUGAGUACUAGUAAUGAGAGGUUGAUGUUGGAAAGGGAAUGUUCUAGAAGUAUAUUGAGUGUUUUGGCUUGUGAAGGGGAUGGUGGAGGAGGAGGGAAUGGAGAGUAUUACUACUGUGAGAGGAGGGAGAAAGGAAGACAAUGGAGUGAGAGACUAAGAGGAGUUGAGUUCAUGCCAGUGAACUUGAGUGAUGAUGCAUUGGAUGAUGUUAAGGCUUUGUUGAAGAGGUAUCAAGGUGGAUGGUCACUUGUGACUAGUACUAAGAACAGUACUAGUUCUCAAGGGGAGGAUGAUGAUGAUGAUCAUGGUUGCUUUGGGGUGUAUUUGGCUUGGAAGGAUGAGGCUGUUGUUUGGGCAUCAGCUUGGAAACCUUCAUGAAAGAUGAUGAUGAUUAUGUUGUUAUGUAUGUUUUUUAUAAUGGUUUGAGUUAGUAUGAAAUGUUGAAGAAGAAGAAGAAGAAGAAGAAGAAGAAGAAGAAGAAGAAGAAUAAGUGGAUGCAUGGGAUUUUGAUUAGUUUUGAUAUUGAGAGAGGAAGAGUAUAAUUAUUAAUGUAUUAUGUAUACUUUUUUCUUUUAUCUUUCUUGUUUAUGGUUGGUAGGUUAAUUAGGGUGGUUUAGUUUGCUUCUUCUUCUUCUUCUUGGUUUAAUUUGCUUGUUUGCUUUGUUGUUUGGUAUAUGAUCAAAUGUAGGGUAUUUGUUGGUGUUGAUCAGAUAACAUGUA